AUGGAAAAUAAUCCUACUCAAGAGAAACCCGAAGAAAAUCAAUUGCUACUGAACGAAAUAGGUAGUAGGGAUUUAGAUGAUUUAAAAAAAUUAUUGGCAGGACGAAAGCUUGCAGAGAUAUUAGGUGAAUUAGAUGAAAGGAAAUUCGACUCUCAAAACUUAACUUCCGAUUUGACGAAAAAAAGCGAAACCAUUGAAACUUUAGAAAAGAAGGUUAGGGAGCAAGAAGAAGAAGCGAAGGCCAUGCAAGAGAUUAUUAAGGAUUUACAAGAAAAGAUUCGAGAGCAAAAGAUUAGUGGGAAAGAAGAGGAAGAAAUAAUUAAAGAGCAAAAUGAAAAUCUUAAAAAAAUUGUUGAAGAGGAUACAGAAUAUCUUAAUGAUGGUGAGAUAUGCAUCGGAAAAGCAUUAUCAGCAAGUAAAACGUUUAAAAGUAAUAUAAUAUUUCCUCCUGAAAUAAUUUUACAACAACAGUAUGAGCUAAAAUACCCCGAUAGAUCUGUAAAAGAAAUUGAGGAGGUAUCGGGAAAGAUUACCACAAAAGGUUCACUUGAUUUAUCAGCUUAUCCUAAUUUGGAAAAAUUCAUUGUUUUCAAUAACAUCACAAGCAUUAAUAUUAGUAAUAAUGAUAAACUUGAAAUCUUAGAACUGCCGUUUAGCGAAGUAAAGGAUAUUGAUUUAAGUAAUAAUCUUAAUUUAAAAAGACUUCAAUUAGGAAGUAAAAAUUUAAUUAGCUUAGCUAAAAAUUCACAAUUAAGAAAAAGUGAAUAUGCAAAUGAUAAAAUGAUACAAGAGAAUUGUUAA